CAAAUGAAGGCCACGUUAUUAAGCAUUUACAUUUACACUAAUGAGUUUACUUGACAUUCCGCCUGCAUCUUUGAAACAGACUCUUUAGAGAUUAACACUAUCUAGGUCUAUAUUCAUUUGCUUCAUAAUCAUCCAUCUGGUGAUCAUCUUCAGUCUGAUAUUACCAAACAUGGCAAAUAAUAGCAAGCCAGUCCGCGUUAUGAUGUGGUCGACGCCAAGGAGUGUUUCCACUGCAAUCGAAAGGUCAAUUCUGACACUUGAUGAAGCUGAGGUUUUCAACGAGAUGUACUCUGCUGCACACCACUUUGGACCAACUUCAAAUCAUUUUCCAUUAAAUUAUUUUCCUUUGUCACCCAAAUUUUCUUUCAAAUGGGUCAAAUCUGAACUUGAAAAAGACUACCCCGGUAAAGAAGUGAUAUUUGCCAAGGACUUUGCGUAUGCUCUUGGGGAAGACCUGAGUUUGCUGCCUACCGGAUAUACUCACACCAUCUUAAUUCGGAACCCAUGCUCAGUGCUCAGGUCAAUCAAUCAUGUAAUAAAGAACUCAUAUUUCUUAAGCUUGACCGGCGGCUCAUUGAAGAAGCACUAUCCAGGGACAAUAUUUUUCAAGGAGCUCUGGGAUCUAUACGUCUAUGCCAGAGACACGCUUCAUCAGAAUCCCGUUGUCAUUGACGCCGAUGACUUCUUGGAAAACCCUGAAGCUAUGAUGAAGUUAUAUUGCGAAAAGACAGGAAUACCGUUUCGGGAUUCUAUGUUAAGUUGGGAGCCAACCAAUAUAUGGAGUAUAAACUGGCAUAGCUCUUAUGCUUUGAGCUUUGCUGCUUGGAUGCUUGGGUACUACGGGAAAGCACUUAACAGUUCUGGGUUCCGGAAAGCAGAUAAACCGAAAGAGAAGGUCGAUAUGAGUACAAUGGAUGAUGACUUACGCGAAGCAGUUGAAGAGAAUAUGGAAUAUUAUGAUAUGCUUUAUACUAAUAGAUUAGUAUUAAAUAUGGAAUAGGUACCGUAAGGUCGCACUGUGAUAAUCUACACACAUUUUGUAUUCCAUUUGCCAGGAUAGCUACGGUACUUUAGGGAAAUUGCUCACUUCUUUCAAUUUAAAUAAGGUUUAUGAUUAUAUUAAAUAUUGAUGUUAACAAAAUUGAUGUAAUACAUCAUACAUAAAUCGUCGUUGUGUAUAAUUAAAUUUCAAAUAAAUAGACAUCAUAAAAGCAAGAUUUUUUGGUUUUAGUUUUUGUUUGUUCAUACUAAUAUUUAAGUAUGUUCUGUUAGGCAAGGUAAAAGUUGAAUUGAAACUUGCUCAUUCUGAUUUUCUCUAAAUCUGCGAUAGUCUGUCAAGUUCUGUAGGGACACCCCGCUUUUGCGUGUCCUUAUUAUAAGUAAAGUGUCCUACAGUUUAAAAAUACAGUGUGACAAAUCAACUUAAUCUUAUUAGACUAAAUAUUUUGGAUUAACUCUAAAUCAAGAAAAUUGUAAACUCACUUUUAAAAGGUCAGUGGCAGGUAAAACAUUAAGAACACUGGAUAAAAUUACCAGGUACAAUCUUGAUGUGGAAGAUUUUUACUUAUCCAAUUUGUGAAUGUUGUUAUUUUUACUUAUCAUUAUAUAUGUCAUAAAUCACUACCACCGAGAUCUGAAGAAUAGAUUAAAGUGCAUCGACUGUA